AUGAAGUUGAGUUUGCUUGCCAACGCAGGCCUCCUCGGCCUUGCCGCUGCCUUGCUAGGCCGUGAACCGCCAGGCCACGAGUACCUGCGCCUGCCGUGGUACAGCCGGUCUCCCUGCCCUGGCCUCAAUGUCAUGGCAAACCACGGCUGGCUUCCUCGCUCGGGCCGGGAUAUCGACCUGGCCUCGCUGCAGCAUGCCGUGGUGGGCGCCUUCAACUACGCGCCCCACGCGUUCGACGGCGCCUUCCAGGCCGCCAUCGACUUCAACCUCUCGACGACGGGCAACCCGUCGACCAUCCACCUGGCCGACCUGGCCAAGCACGACGCCAUCGAGUUCGACGGCUCGCUGUCGCGCAACGACUACGCCCUGGGCGACAACCUGCACUUCGACCCGGCCAUCUGGCACACCGUGGCCCAGUACCUCGGCCUCUACCGGACGGGGCCGUCCAAGGCCGACAAGUACGUCACCGUCGAGACGGCCGCCCGCGCCCGCGCGCAACGCGUGCGCGAUGCCAUGCGCGCCAACCCGCACUUCAACGCCUCUACCAACGAGAUGUUCGGCAGCCCCGGCACCACCGCCCUGUAUCUGACCACUCUGUGGGACGACAAGGCGGAUGCCGCGCCAAAGGCCUGGAUUCGCGCUUUCUUUGAGGAGGAGCGCAUCCCGUAUCGCGAGGGUUACAAAGCACCUCAAACGCAGAGAGGCAAUGACACCAUCAACGCCAUGUUUGCCAGGGUCACGGCCGUGCCGGUGUCAGUGAAAUCCCGGGCGGUUCGACUUCCACUCCACUGA